AUGAGCUUUUUUCAUAAAUUGUUGAAGCAGAUGCAACAACAAAGUCAAGAGGACGUUGAGAUGAUGGAUGCCAUGAUGACGACCAUAAUGAUGACACAUCUUGAUACUUCAGAUGAACCACAAGGAUGCGGUUUACGUCUUGGUCGCUCUCCUAAUCACCCCAAACAUAGGGUAUCUGGGGGAAUAAGUCUCAUGGUAGAUUACUUCAUCGAGCAUCCGAUCUUUAUGGCAGAAAAAUUUCGUCGAAUGUACCGAAUGCACACCCAUCUGUUCAACCGCAUCAUGAUGGCUCUGUACAACCACGACUCUUAUUGGCAUCAAAGAGCAGAUGCCAUUGGAAAACUAGGGUUGCUGCCCCAACAAAAGAUAACAGGUGCCCUCCGAAUGUUGGCAUACGGCGCAGCUAUUGAUCAGUGUGCUGAGAUAUGCAGGAUGGGGGAAUCAACUACACUAGAGUGCAUGAAGAAGUUUUGCCAAUAA